GGUCAGCAUGGUGAGAAGCCAGGAGAAGAAAAAUAUGGUUCCUGCUGCAAGCCUGACUCUGCUGAUCGUGGAUGUAGGCGUUCGAGGGCUCCAAGGGCCUGCAGUCCUGGACACUGGGAGCACCUUCACUCUGAUGAGAGAGAGUCUCUGGAGGAAGAUAGCUCAUCCAGGGGAAGAGCUGGAGUCUGCACAGGACCAGUAUUUCAUGCUGGCGGAUGGACAGUCACACCAGGCCAAAGGUCAAGUUCGCCUCACUUACCUUCUCCACGGAGAGAUCUGGUUUCUAGGCACAUAUGUCCUACAGGAUCAUCACCUGACGUUUCCCCUUGUUCUAGGCUUGGAUUUCUUGGAGAAAACUCAUACCCAGAUUGACAUUGUCAAUAGGCAGUAUGGUGUCAAACAUCAGAAGGAUUUCUCCUACCAUCCUUUUUUGCCACGGUAUGAGGGGGAAGCUUCCUGGGACAGGUCCUUAUCGAGUGUCAGCCUCUACUUCCAUACAUCUUGCCAGCCACCUACCACCUCUGAUCCAAAACCAUGCCAACCGGCGAAGGUGACCAUGACCAUCACCUCAGCUGAACCAUCUCCUGUCGAGCAACAACUCCAGAACCUCCAGCAAAAGUGGUCUUCAGUCUGCACUGAUAAGUUGGGAAUGACAACAGUCACCCGUCACUCCAUCUCCACUGAGGACAAAGUCCCUGUUCGGGGUCGACUGUAUAGAGCGUCUCCACUGAAGAAGGCUUUAAUCAAGGAACACGUCCAAGACAUGCUGCUGGACGGAGUUAUAGAACCAUCUAACUCCCCAUGGUCCUCUCCAGUGGUGCUCACAGAGAAGAAAGAUGGUGGUUACAGGUUCUGUGUGGACUACAGAAAGCUGAAUGCAAAGACUGUCUUUGAUGCAUAUCCCAUGCCCCUCAUUCAUGACAUCCUGGAGUCCCUGAGUGGUGCUGCGGUAUUCAGUUCCCUUGAUCUACGCUCAGGUUACUGGCAAGUGGCGAUGGACUCAGCAAGUAGAGCGAAGACUGCGUUUACCACACCCUUUGGUUUUUAUCAAUUUAAUGUAAUGCCAUUUGGGUUAAAAAAUGCUGCAGCCACUUUUCAACGGCUGAUGGAGAGAGUGUGUUACUGUUUCGGUACCGAGUGCAUCGAGUUGAUGCUGAGUGUCAGCGCUGAGAGUACUGUGUCAGCGCCGAGUGUCAACGCCGAGCGCACCGUAUCGGCACUGAGUGUGUACCGAGUGUCAAUGCUGAGCGCACCAUAUCGGCAACGAGUCUUGUUCCCCCUCACCUUCCCCCCCUCCAAAGUGGAGGAGGAAGAAAGCCCACCGAUCACGUUCGGCAGGCAGGAGGCAGAUUGA